AACAGCCCUUUCUUGUCCAUACUGUGCAUAUGGAAGGUCCUUUCAGCUCAGAGUUGGAAAAAUCUCACAUCAUCAAAUCGCACAGAAAUAACUGCAGACGUUGCUGCUGCCCAGUUUUCCUAUAGGAGCUGCAGGUUAAGAAACAGACCUAAGAUGGAAGAACCUCUCCUCUGCUCUUUGGAAGAAGAAGAGCUGAUUCCUUCACUCGCAAGGGAAAUGUACAAGACAGCCAAAGUGUCCAUUUCUGAGGAGGUGUGGAAGAUUCUGAGAGAGAAAUCACAGCUGAAGCUGGCCCUCUUAGAGACCUCGCAAGGGCCGUCACGACUUAAGGCAUUUGUUGAUCACAUGGAGCAUGCAAAACGGCUGGAGCGUCAGUGCAAGUCACGGUGGCAGAGAAUUCACAGUCGUGUGCUGCUGAUGUACAAAGCCUCUGAGGUUAACACUGACCGCACCGCCCUGCUAAUGGCCAACAACCCAACACAAAACCACACUGAUAUGGACGGAGGUGAUAGCCCAGCCAAAUAUCUGCCCUGUGAGCUGUUCACCAAGAGGAUGCCCAUCUUCAGUCAUCAACACAGGUUACCUGCUCUUACUCAUCCACUUCAGCUAACAACUCGCUCAUUGAAGGACACCAGUGGCCUGGGCAGCAGAUCUUCAGGUCUGUCAAACAGCCACUCUGUCCAUUUUCCUGCACCAAAAUCCACUGUGUCCAGCAAUCAAGUUGGAACAGAGGGUUCCCACACAUCCAUCCGAGCGGCAAGAGGCCAAAGCACUUCACUCUGGGAGCCCCUCGACUUCUCCUCCCUGCUGAAGGUCUCACCAGUGGUCACUGCGCCAGGUCGGGGGGCAUUCCGCCGUGGACAGACAGCUUACUGGAAAGUCACCAGUAGCACUGAUGCAGAGACUAUUUGUUAGACAAAGAUUUAAGUGUGCUGUGAUAAAUCUUCUGAAAAAGCUAAUAUGAUAAAAGUUAUGUCUUAUUUCUUAUUUUUCUUUGACCUGUGGCCUGUUUCAAAUUUUGUGGAUCAGUCAGAAAAGCGGCAAGCUGAAUGUACAGUGUUAAAACGUCAUGCAAAAUGACUCAGA